AAUCCUUCGCGCCGAAAGCCCGACAUGGAGACAGAGUCCAACAAAGCCGAUAAGCUCGAGCGACAGCUUCAAGAGGACAACCACAAGACGUGGGGCUGGGUCAUCUACCGCUGCACCUAUUCAAGCGACAAGGACUGGAUGAGUUUCAUGUCGCGCCUCAACUUCCACAUCCAGGAGUCGUUGAAACUGCAUAAUGGACUUGACAUGUUGGAGAGCCUUGACCAUCACGUUUUGGAGGAUAGAGCUCUGUUCGAAGCUGCAAACCCCAUCACGGUGCGCGAGCAUUUUAGGGAAUGGGUGCAAGAUGCUCCACAACGCGAGCAAGGAGGUCCGGCAAUGCGAUCUCAGCGGUACAACUUUUGCGUCCACGUCGAUGAAGAGGCAUUGCAGUCCGUUAUC